GAAGUGCUCAUUAUCGUUUAUCUGAAAAUGCCGAUCACAGAGUUGACCCUCACAAUUUUCAAAUGGUGAGAAGCGGUAACGCACCAUUAGAAUGGUUCAGUACGCAAAUCCACAAAUGAAGCGAGGCGGUAUCGUCCUCGUCUAAACAUUCCGAUUCCGAGGGUUCACUAAACACCGCGCCUCCUCAGGUUCUUCUCCACGGUUGCCUUUAAUGCCUGAAUUCGAUGAACAACAUGAUCUCUCCGACGACUCCGACUAUGCCGCUUCCCAGCAGCAGGGAUUGGGUGGCAGCGUGCACUCCCAAUCCGCCGAGGCCUGUGUAUUCCACGAGCAUGAUGCGUUCGAGAUUGUAUACUCGAAGGAAAAUGUUUCGAUCCACACUACGCAGAAUGUGGCGGAAAGGAUCAGUGGCCAGUUGCACCUCGUCAAACAGCACUCAUCUCUUUUUCUGUGCUGGGUACCUUACAUUGAUAUUCCUUUUAAAGGAGACUCUAUAGGGGAAUUGUCAAAUUCAACAUUUACAGAAGAUAGACAAUUGUACGCCAUCAAAUAUUUACCUUUUAGUGAUGUACAUUCUGUUCAUAGACAUACACCUCCUCUUGGUUGGCAAUAUCUAAUUAUUGUUCUAUCAUCAGGACUUGCAUAUCCCCCACUUUAUUUCUACAGUGGGGGUGUUCGGGAAUUUCUUGCAAUCCUUAAGCAACAUGUGGUUAUUGCAAGGUCUGCAGAUAAUCUGAAUAUCUUUCUUGUGAAUGAUCUCCGGGACCCUCUUCAGAGAAGCUUAUCAUCUCUUGAGUUGCCCAGGGCUAUAGCUGUUUCAAAAUCCAUUUCUGCACAAAAUACAGCAACCACAUAUUCAAUUGAAGGCUCUAACUGUGUUGAAAAUUCAAGUGCCUCAGAAUAUCAUGGGAGUCCCACACAAAAGUAUCAUGAUCCUGCUCGUGACAUUUCUCUUCAAGUCUUGGAGAAAUUCUCUCGUAUCACAAGGUUUGCUCGUGAAGCCACAUCACAGAUUUUUCAGGAAAACCAAAACAAGGAUUUUAUCACUUAUGAGAAACGUCAUGAAGACAAUUCUUCUGCUUUGGGUGAUAAAAGAAAUUCAGAUAAAAUAUUUAUGUCUUCAAAAUCUUUAGAGUUUGACGAUUCUGAACUAGCUAUGGGAGAACUUCGUCAGGAUCCUUUAGAUGGUGAAGAGUGGGCCACCUUUUUUAACUCCGAAGGUCGAAUUAAUGAUUCUAAAGCGCUAAGGAAGAGAAUAUUCUAUGGAGGCAUCAAAUGUAAUCUGCGAAAAGAGAUCUGGAAAUUUUUGCUGGGAUACCAUUUGUAUGAUUCUACAUAUUCAGAGAGGGAAUAUCUUAGUUCAGUUAAGAAGUCAGAGUAUGAGGGCUUAAAAUCCCAGUGGCAGAGUAUCUCAACUGCUCAAGCCAAGAGAUUUAGCAAGUUCAGAGAAAGAAGAGGACUUAUUGAGAAGGACGCGGUCAGAACUGACAGAUCUGUCUCAUAUUACGAUGGAGAUGAUAAUCCACAUGUGAAGCUUCUACAUGAUAUAUUGUUGACAUAUUCAUUUUAUAAUUUUGACUUGGGUUAUUGUCAGGGAAUGAGUGAUCUUUUAUCACCAUUAUUGUUUGUGAUAGAGGACGAGUCUGAAUCCUUCUGGUGCUUUGUCAUGCUGAUGGAACGCUUUGGGCCAAACUUUAACCGUGACCAAAGUGGCAUGCACUCCCAACUUUUUGCCCUGUCUAAGUUGGUGGAGCUUCUGGAUCGCCCAUUGCAUGAUUACUUAGCUCAGGCGGAUUGCAUAAACUACUACUACUGCUUUCGUUGGAUUCUCAUACAAUUUAAACGGGAAUUUGAGUACCAAAAAGUGUUGAGCUUGUGGGAGGUAUUAUGGACCCACCACAUCUCAGAGCAUUUCCACUUAUACAUCUGCGUGGCUAUCCUGAAGAAAUACCGCAUGAAAAUCAUGACAGAGAGCAUGGAUUUUGAUACAAUUCUCAAGUUUGUUAAUGAUCUGAGUGGAAAAAUAGAUCUUGAUGAUAUUCUAAGGGCAGCAGAAAGCUUAUGCAGAUCGGCUGGAGAGAAGGGAGCUGCUUCUAUUCCACCUGGAACUCCUCCUUCCUUUCCCAUAGACUCCGAGCAAGAUUUCUAUCCCGAAAAUGGUGAUAUCUAACACCCUCUCUUUAUUCAUAAUUUCACAUUUAUAUUGUUUUUCUUGUUAAUUUGUGCACUACCACUAGGUUUUGUAAAUAAUAAAUUUAUCUAACUUUGACCUCUUCCUCUUA